AUGGACAGAAAACUUGUUAACACGCGUAAGCACAUGGACGAUCCUCUGACCAUUCUUGAUGGGAUGAAGGAUGAUAUCUGCCAUGGAAAUGAAGACAGCUUUCGGGAAGCCUUUCUUACCCUGGCACGCCUUGGUGUCGACCGCCGUGAACUAGUGGAAGAACACUAUCUCCUACAUAAAGCAGCUGAGAAAGACUCUUUAUCUAUUCUCAACCUCCUUCUCUCUCUCAGGCCAGACGUGAACAGCAGAGACCACGAAGGCAAGACGGCGCUUCAUAGCGCCGCUAACUCGAGAGCUGAAAAUGCACCUAUGAUCGUUGCAGCUCUGGUCCGCGUCGGCGCCGAUGUUAAUUUGAGGGAUGGAAGGCAGAGACCACCCCUCCAUCUGGCCUUGUCUAUUGGAGCAGCACAAAAUGCCAUUACUCUCAUUGACGCCGGUGCGGAAGUCAAUGCAAUAGUCCCGACAUUCGGUGCACCAAUACACCUAGUGCUGAAUUUCUUUCAGGAGUUUCGCACCUCUAAAGAUGCUGGGGAAGUGAUUUUCAAGCUUCUAGCGGCUGGAGCAGACCCCAACGCUAGAGACAACCAUGACAGGACCCCUCUCCACAUGGUACACAAAGGCGAGUUGCAAAUCGUCACUCGUCUCCUUGAAGCUGGAGGAGAUCCCAACGCCAAAGACUGGGAGGGGAAUACCCCCCUUCAUAACGCCGCUAACAACAGGGACAAAAAGUUAGCUGAAUGUUUUUAUAACGCUGGGGCAAAUCCAACCGCCGUUAAUCGUUUCGGAAUGACGCCAGAAACAAUUGCAGCGUCCGGAAGGUGGGAUAGAAUUCAUAGUUUGGUUAAAUCGCCAAGGACCAUGCCCAAGCCGAGACCCUUGUUUGUCUAUCAACCCGCUCGACCUUUUGAACCGCAUGCGGAACGUAGGGAAGUUUGCAAAAAACUCCGAAGCUCAAUCUGGUAUCUUGGGAUGCAGACAACCUCCAAUGAAACAUCCAAAGAAUCCGUGCAUGACGAUCCUCAUGAAUCGCAUCUCGAUUCCUAUCAGCUAGCAGAGGGGGCUAUGGAAGAUCUGACACCAUGGCAAGUGACGCGCCCGCUGACCAGGACAUACUUGCCUACAGUUUAUGAUAUGUUAUACGGCGAUGCCCUUGGGAAAGCGUCCCUGGAUAUGUCUAGUGGUGGUUUCAGGUGGUUUCACCUGCCAUACACGAUCAGGCUGUGGGUAGAUCACUUAAUCGACGCUAUUCGUAAAUCCGAUUCACAGAUGAACCCAAGCGGCACGAGUAUGUCUGACAGCGCCGAUAUAAAGCGGUUUAUCCUCGAAACUUUCAACGAGACCGGGCUGGUCGCACGCCAUAGGCAGCCUGGAUUCGUGUUCGAAAAUUGUAGCCGAGAAAAACAGAAACUCCGCCGAGCCUCAUCAGUUGUCAGUGAGCUCAUCGACCCCGCAGAGAACCAGAUAGGCCAAAGAGCUUCUUUAGUUCUCCCCUUGGUUGAUGUGGACUAUAGCGUUGAUGAGAAGAAACGCUUGGAAGAUGAGGAGGUUGGAGGCCCCAAAGAUGGUUGUGAUAAUCACCGAAAACAUAUCCACGCAAUGAAAGACUUGGGGAGCAGCUACAAAGACUGCAAGCCACACUUCCCCCGUACACUGGACGAGUCAAACUAUGACUUCCUGGAGCCUGAUGAUUUGAAAAGCCGAGACCAAAACCAAGUUCUCACAGCGUUUCUGAUCGGCCGGAAGGCCAUUGCGGAAUCGGGUGCAUCAACAUCGGGACUAAAGCCAUGCAACAUCAGACAGGGUUCGACGCCCUCAGAAAUCGUGAUACCCGAAGGCAAUGAAGGCGUGGUGGAAGGUUCGCGAUGCCAACUGAUGCAAAACUCAGAACCAGGAAUGCCUUCAGCCAGGACUGACUUGGAGGAUGAUCCGAUCCGCCUACAAAUGCUGAUGGUUUCCCAGCUCUGGCUUUGGAAAAUUGACCACUGUACAAUCAUUUCAGCAUUCCCAGAAAGAUGGGAUUCACGGUACGGCCAGUCCAUGUUUGAUAAAGUCCGAAGCGAAAUUCAGUCCGCUGCAACGGUAGACGAUCUUAUUUUCAAGAUAGCGUGUAGUUGCAUUAAGUACAUUGAAGACUCAUGGUAUGUGUCCGAAGGCAAGGGUUACACAACCUUCGACGCAUUUGAUCAUGCGAUUGCAGAUGUGUCCAACGAAGUCAGCAAAUGCUACGAGAGAUUUGAGAAGUCCGUGCGCUCAUCAAACAAGCACAUCCAGCUUGAAGUUCAGAAAGGCGCCGGCCUACUAAAGAAAAUCAGCGACGUUAUGGAUGAGAUCGGCAUCAUCAAGAGAGCGUUAAACGACCAGGCGGCUGCGAUGAACAGUAUCCAACAAUGGAGACCCAGGGUGAAUGUAUCGGAUAACUACGUCCACUAUCCACUGGAACGAUUUACAAGGCUGGAACAGAACGCGCGCAGCGUUCGAGACUCGCUAAUUACCCUUCUUGACAUCUGGCAGAGGGAAUCUAUGAUCGACGAGGCGCAAGAGGAAUCGAGGCAGUCUCGCGUUAUAUUCGUCUUCACGACUAUCACAGUCUGUUUUCUUCCCUUGUCUUUUAUUGGACAGCUACUAGCUCUUCCCAUUCGAGGCUUCGAAAAUGGCGACAAAUAUAAUCCCGGCUGGGUCUUCGAGGUUGAAGUGAUUACCAUGGUGACCACCCUUAUUCUCCUAAUCCCCCUCUUCUGGAUGUGCUUUGGACUACCAGAAAUCGUCAAGAAGAUAUGGAAAUGUUUUUCACCCUCCACCUCGCGUUCAGAAUCUUCUGAGAAUAAGGCGUCAGGCCCUAACGAUAGGGGAAACAAUCGCGAGUCUCAACAGAGUCGUGUCGCGCUUUCUUCCUUGCUACGCUCACGCCUCUGUGAUAGACGGCAAAGCGAGACCCAACGGGACCCCGAAAACGGCCCAGGCAGAGUUGGACGUGAGAGGUCUUCGAUAAGAUAG